AAAGGUGGCUGGGAAAAGUGCCUCUCCAAGACAGAUGCCAACAUUCUUCCUUGAAAGGAACUCUGUAUUUUCCUCCAAUCUGCCACAUACAUUUUUUUUACAAGAAAUAAGAUACAUCUUAAGCAUUCUAUAUUAAAUCUUAGUAUUUCAAGAUAACUGAAUUUUCCUGAGCUUUCAAAAUAUGCAAAAAAAAAGCCUAUCAUGAAAAUAGAUACUCAAAAUCACAAUAUUCAAAACUAGAGGUAAUUUCAUAGAAAUCAUCUGAUGGCAAGUAAAGAAAGGACACAGUAACGAUGGCAUCUAAAACUAUCCUUGUGGAAAGGAAGGAUGAAGAAGCUCUGGUAUUAUUCUAUUUUGUGACCACAAAGAUAUCUGAAUCUAUGUAAUGACUUUUAACAGAAAAACCACCGUGUUAAAAACAUUUCAAAUGAAAAAAAAAAUGUUUAACCAGUCUUUCUUUGACAAAAUUUUUAUUGAGGGAACACCCUAGUGAGCGGCUACAUAAUAAUUUAACCUGUCUGUAAAGGACCAGUGGUGGGUGGAUGAGAAAAAUCCAGUAUGUGACUUACUUACAUCUGAAAAAGGCUGUUUAGGCCUUUAAGGGACUCUACUCCUCUGCUCAUUCUCAUUCAAGCAGUCCUCUUUGCAUGCACCUCUCUCCUCCAAGACAGCCAGCCAUCAAUUGUUGUGUAAUUCCUCCCUCCAACCCUUCAACUCCGCUAAUAUACCAAGGACAGGACUUUCUUUCUCCAUUGUACAAGGCCCUGUACCGAACCUUUGUUAACUAAAACCCUAUUUAGAAACAGUCGUUUAAUUUUCUUAAUUCGGUAUACAGAAGGCUGAAAAGAGAAUGAACACAGGUUUAUUAUAUGCAAGAAGGUAAAGCCAAUUUUUAAAAAAUACUCUGUGUUCUAAGGGUUCAGCCUUUCUUUGGCACUGAGGGGGGGAAAUCUUCCUUCCCUCCACCCUUCCCUCCAUCUUCUGUACAGUGAAAGCACUAUCAAAAUACAGAGAGGGAGGUCUUUAUUUCUGCCUCCACAGCUGCCUGAGUUAGCCUCCACGUUUUUCUGUCGUCCUUUUAAUCCAAAUACCUACUGCAAAAGCCUAACCACUGUUAAAAGAACAUUCACCUUCAGAGCAUUUUAUGGAAUGUAUUCCCUGUAUACACCUCUUAAUCCUGUAAAACAGUUAUUAGUUAAUGUUGCAAUCAGCUAGGGAAAAGGGGAGAAGCAGGCACUACAGUUCGGUUUUAACACAGGCUUUGCGUGCAUUUUCUCAUUCUGAGAUCUGCAAGGCACAGAGGUUGAACGACAUUAAGUUUUCUUAUCAUUUUAGUGCCUUCUCAUCCCUUUCGAUUAAAUGAUUCAAAUUCGGUUUUCCUUCCUAGUAGCUAUCACAUAUUUAACAAAACACAUUCCACGAUACGGAUAAAAGGCUGGUCAACUUAGCUCUCCACAGCUGGAUCGCCUAGAACAUUUCUUGUAGGCAGAAAGAUAAGCAAGAAACCAGAAACAGAGCGUACCUGUUUGGGGCUAAGUGGAGGAACAUGAGAACUGGGAAUUCCAGGGUCAAGAGGGAGAGGGAGAUUACUUUCUGUUACCUUCUCAUGCUCUGAGCCCAUUAAAGGUGUACUACCCAAAUAAAACCCAUUCCUGUGAAAGUGAGAACUGUAGCCUUUACAAAAGAAGUUUCGGGGACCCAAGUCUGCAGAGGCUUCAAAUAACCAAGAGCAUCUGCUUUUGCUCUAUCUACAUCAGGUAAACGCUGCUGUAAACGCAGGGUCAGCAAAGUGCGGGUGAGCCUUCUGCUAGCGCGGCGUUCCUCGGGCUUCCAGACAGCCCUCCUGCGCGCCUCCUCCCUCCCUUUCGUGCAUUCUGAGCGGCUCCGCCGAUUCCCACAUAAAGUGGGUCCUGGCCGCCAUCUUAGAGAGUCAUUCACACCAGCCGGACCGCGGCACCACGAUUCCAAGCCUCCCAGGACUGCCCCCCACUACUUCCUCGCUGCUCUCCCUCAUCUAGCACAGGGGAUCAAACUCCAAGUCUGAGGCAAGCAGUGUCUCUGAAAUCUGCAUAAUGUGAAAUGUCAAGUCUGACCACAGAACCCAGGAGCAGAGCGAAUGCGGCAAUGCACGUGUUUGCACGUCGGUGCGUUUCAAUUUCCCAUGCAGAGACCCACAGGAGCUCCACCAGGAGAUUAAAGGGAGCGCUUCGCUGAGGGUUUCCACUCUAAAAACCCGCUAAGUGUUUUCUCCUCAACGCUGAAGAUAUGCUCCUAGAGGGCAGGGACCCCGACUGAGUGAGGGGUGGAGCAGCACCGGCAGAGAAAGUUCCCAUCUGCUCGCGCUCCAGCUGCCCUUCAUCCCGGGGCACCGAGGCCAACUGUGUCUCCGGGCCUCCUCCUCUCCCGCGUCUCAGGCACAACGUAGUAAACACCGGGAGUGCCGGGCAGCGCGCACCUCCCCCAGGCCUGCGGAGGACAGCCCGGCAGGUUAUGAAUGGCCUCACUAUGCCCAGCUCCUUUUCACACGCGGGCACGCGCACACGCGCGCCCCAGAGGCGAAGAUUUAAUACCCUGGUAACAGCAACGGCCAACAGAAUCAAUGGCCCUCCAUCAGACAGAAAGAAAGGCGCUCACGCUUCCCAGGCCUCCUCAAAGAGGCUCCAGACCCGGCGACACAACCCAUUUCCCCAGGUUGACUCUAACGAGGAUGUUCCCCCAAUUUCAUUCCCUUCACCCACUGGAUAGUGGAAUUCAGAGUACGCCCAACUUGGAACCUUCCAGGGAAUUGGAUAUCAGGAAAAACUAAUUUCCACGGGCGAUCACAGAUUUGCUAUGUUCCUUCUCAAUGAGUGAAAGUAUGAAUAAAUCUUCAUUGUAUGUAGGAUUGCAUUCUGAGGUCUCUACCAGUUACCGGACACGCGUUUCUGAGAGCGAACAAGAACUAAAUGCUACCAACGCCUAUGAAAAGCAACAUUUAUUUUUAUCUUUCGCACGCAAAAAGUAUUUAGAGAAACUGUAAAGUCACACCUAACCGCUAAAGAUCUGCACUUUUUGCCUGUUUCAUUAACGAAUUCGGAGGUGAAGGAUCUACUGUAAAAACCGCUCGGUCACCAGCGCGGCGCGGGAAUGCAUCUGCGGCGCCUCGGCGUCCAAGCUCCCUUCCCCACGAGCCCCGGGACACCGGCAGCCCAUCGAGUCCCCGCCGAGCGCCAGGCAGCCCGCUCCACCGAGCCGCGCCGACAGAAGCAUCUGCCGCUGCACGAAUCUUCGCAGCGCGGUCCCGGCUCCGGGUGCCUGCCACCUCCCGGUGCCGCACGAUGCCUGGCGCGGCUGCGGCGUCCGCACAGCCCCGGCUCUGCGGGCGCUUCGGGACCCGGCCGGCCGCGCUGUGCUCCGGGGCGGCGCGCAAAGACGCGACCCCACGGGACUCACCGCUCCAGCUCCCUCGGUGGCCGCACAGCAGCCGCCCGCCCAGAAAGCCGGAGCCAGCCGCGCGUCGCCGCUCCGCCCGUGGCCAGCAACGGGCCGGAGAGGUGCCCGAGGUGCCAGCGCGGCCCCGGGCCUCGUGUCACUCACCGUUUGAAAUGCUCGAUGAUCUUCUCUUCCCGCACGUUCUCCGACGGAGUCUAGACAUGUAAUCCUGGCUUACCUGAAACUCUGAAACUGACCUUGAACAUGGAGUGAUCUUCUUGCCUCUGCCUCCUGGAAUGCUGCUGUUAAAGAUGUGCAUCACCACAUCUGGCUUUUCUAGAACUUCCUUUUUUCAAUGUUUAUGGGUGUUUUGUCUGCAUGUGUGUCUAAGAGAAUAUCUGAUCCCCUUGAACUGGAGUUACAGACAGGUGUGAGCUGCCAUGUGGGUGCUGGGAAUUGAACCCAGGUCCUCUGGAAGAGCAGCCAGUGCUUUUAGCUGCUAAGCCAUCUCCCCAGCCCCCUCUCGCACUCUUACAGACAUGAGACCUGGUCUGGAAGAAGAUGACAGGAAUUUCUAGGAGGUCAAUAGGCCCUAACAUUUCCACAUGACUCUCUUGGUUCAAACUAUUAAGUCACCUCUGUCCAAAUUCCCAAGUAGCUCUGCAUUCCUUCCCCAAAUAUUUACUAAGGGCCGGCCCUGUGCAGGCGGCAGCGUGUGCGGACAGAUGAGGAAAACAGGUCACAUGGUCGGGGAGGUAGCUAAGGUUCAGGACCUGUGACCAGAGACUGCCCCACCCCCAGGCCUUCCACAGCCCGACCUCAGCCCCUCGCCUUCCCUUCCCCCCUUCCCUUCCCCGUAGCAGUCCACUCCUUUCCCUGGCCCCACCCCAUUCCUUCUUGGUUGUUUCAUACCCUCAGGCUAUCUCACCGGAGAAAAUCUGGCCUCUGCCCACUUUCCCACCUGGCCUCAGAAGAGCUCACCUGUCUGUCUAUCUUCACAUGGAGCCUGAUGGCCCUUCGUGGACAGCAUGCUCAUUUGCACUCCGUAUUAGUCUCUCUAUAACACAAGGACAUAACUCACUUUCCUAGGACUGUCCGCCAUCUUCGUGCCUGGUACCUGCUAGGUCUUUUAUCCGUGACUGCCGCCUGGUUGCUGAUUCCUAGGCUCCUUGUUCCGGGAGUUCCCUGGUCAGUUUGGUCUCUGGGGAGCCCUGCCCUACAGCAAUUUUUGUUACAGUGUUUGAUGAACCCUGUCCUCUGCCAUUUCUGAUCAGCCCCUGGGGAGAGAAGCAUCCAGUCAGAGCAGGGAGGCUGGCAUUGCUCAGGCCCGGGAGAAGGAAGCUUCACUACUGCCUGCAGCCUGCUCCAGGUGGCGGGUCAAGCCUGACUCAGACUGUGGAGGAGCCCCAGUGGAAACUUACCAGCCUCGGAUGGAGGGUGUGGGGGUGCUGAGAGGGUAGGCAGACGUGGCCUCCCAGUCGUGCCCAAAGGGCAGAGCAAGGAGAGGAGGCCAGCUGGUGCCCCUCCCGAGCAAGCUCCGCCCCCCCCCCACUCCCCCAGGAAUCCAGGUCGGAUCCAGAGUUAGGAUCAAACGAAGCACUUAAGGAGGAAGUGUGAACUUUGGACUCGGUGACACACUUCAUCUGGGGCAAAUCAACUGCCACCCCUGGAGGCCCUUGUCCUUCCCAGGACAGGACUGCCCGGCCCUGGUCGUCUAGUCCUCACACUGACCCCAAUUCAUCUGCACAGCCGCAUUCCUCUACCCUCCCUCCUCCAGCCAGAUGCUGUCUCUAAGUGGGUGUUGGAAGGCAAUAGACUGGGGGAGGGGUAGGCAGAGCCCUGUUGUGGAAGUCAGGGCACCUGGGGUGUGGCUACUACCAGCUGGUGAGGGACUCCCACCCACUCUGAACUCUGUCUCUUGGCAGCUGGGCUCCAUAUCCUUGGGGUUUCUCACCUCUAGAGUCUUUUUUUUAAUUUCAAGAAAGGGGUUCCCUUUGUAGUCCAAGGCUAGACUGAAACACACUGUGUAGACCAGGUUGGCCUCAGCGGUAAUCCCUUUGCCCCUGUAUCCCGAGUGCUGGGAUUAUAGGCAUAUGCCACCAUGCUUCCGUCUCUAAAACUCUACUAGGCUUGUGGCUGCUCCAUCUUUUAGAUUUUGGGGAUUGUCUGACUGUCCUGUAACUGCCCACUCCCCCAGGACAGUCAGCUGGGUCCUGAAUACACUCGCUAGGUACCUUGCCCCACUGUCCCCCUAGUACUCCAUGCACACCCCAUCUCCUGCCUCCCUCUUCCGGAAACCAGUGGAACCGAUGCCCAGCAUGCAGUUCCUCUUGUUUCUACCCCACGAGACUGAGUUCUCUGCCCAGCACUGCCCUGCCUUUAAGAAGGAGUCUGAAGGGGAUGGGAAAGCCAGACAUAGUACCCAGACCUGUAAUCCCAGCACCUGUGAGGAAGAAGGAUCAGAGGUUCAAGGUCAUCCUGGCCUACACAGCUGGAGUUGGAGGCCAGCCUGGGCUACAUUAGACGGGAUGGAGACACGGGAGGACCCAGUGGUGGGAGUCCACAGUGGCCAAAUCCUCUAGUGGUGUCACCCGGAGCCUCCACCUCCAUGUGCAAAUGACAGGCACAGAUAGUCACUUCUGGGAGGCCAAGAUUCAACGCCUUCCAAAAUGUGGUUGCUCCUGUUGGCAAGACUUCAGGCAUCAUCAGCUGUCUGUGUCACCUGACUAAGAACCGGACAGACCCUGAGUCUAUCUCUAACCCCAGGGGAACAUGGCUGCCUUUCUCAUGGCUUCCAGCCUCACCCCAAACUGAAAUACAGGGAACGUGACAAUUAUCCUCCUCCUUUGGUCCCCUCAAAGCUUAAAGGGAGCCUGGCGGUGGUGGUGCACACCACUAAUCCCAGCAUUCACUUGGGAGGCAGAGGCAGGCGGAUCUCAGUGAGUUCAAGGCCAGCCUAGUCUACACAGCGAGUUCCAGGACAGCCAGGGCUGUUACACAGAGAAACCCUGUCUCGAAAAGCAAAACAAAACAAACAAACAAAAAAGCUUAAAGGGACAGAAAAGGUCAAGGACCACAGCCAACCGGAACUUGACCUAGUCCCUCCCACUGGAGUCCAGCCCUCCCUCACCUUCUUCCCUACUCACUUCUCUCUCAUCCUUUCCUCUCUGCUCUUUCCCAGGCUGCCCUGCAGCAGCUGCCUCCUGCUGGUAAAUUUUAACUGUGUUACCCUACUUUCUGUAAGGGACCCUCUAAAGAAGUCGUCCAUAAACACCUGGUAAAGGAAGUGUUAAGUGAGGUUUUUCCAGGUUAGCUCGUAGGUAGAACCUAGAAUCUCCUGAUCCUGGUUCCAAUCCCAGCACAGGAACAACAAAAAUAGGUUAAAGUGUUCCCACUCGUUGGGAGGGAGGGAGCUGGAUGGGAGUGGCCACCAACUCAAAGAACAGCCACAGGACACUUUUUAGGUCAGGCUUAGUGAAAUUAUGUGCAAGCAGGUACCUUCUCCACAAGGGGGAGGUUGCUGGGAGACUGCUACCAGACAGGAUAGAAUUUUCACCCACUUGCAAUUUACAGAGCUAUAAAACAGCCCACAGACAAGAGGAAAAGGCUCAGGAAGGGUGUGCUGUGCAGACAGCUCAUCGCUUCCGACCAAGGCCCAGGCAUUUUCCACACAAGGCAGGUCAUGAAAGGGUUCAGUCCAUAGUCCAGCCUCUGAGAAGUGGUGUGAUUCACACACACCGGAUGCCAGGCCCCUUCUUGGGGAGCAGAGGACAUUACAAAACACUUGCUAAAGUGCAUGGUCUGAGCUCAGCUCCCUUAGGGACUGAGCACACCCAAGACUUUUUUUUUUCCUCAAGUCUGGGGAUGUAUGUAGUUUAGUAAUCUCCAGCUGCAGUAGCAGCUACACCCACCCCAUGCACACAAACAUACACACACACACACACACACACACACACACACACACACACACACACCAAGGGAUAAGUUGUGGCACGCAGGUGACUCUCCAUAGAAAUAAA